AUGGUCAGCACAAGCAAAUGGUUACAGGUAAACGGUUUGAGAAGACAGAAACUUAACCUUUUCCAUUUGUUGCCGAAAAUUGGUUUUAAAAUUUCAGACGAUUAUGAUCUGUCAUUGAAGAAACCAGUGUCGUCCAGAUAUGCGAAUGGUCUCUUUCCACAGGUUUUCAGGUCAGAUGGACACACAUUUAACAUUGUUUGCUGCAAAGAAAAACUAGAACAGGUUGCGAAAAGGUUGCAAAACAUAGCGGGACAUCUCAAAGAGCGUCUGCACUGGUUAACCUCAGGCAGUAGGAGGAUAUUUGGCGUCAUUGAAGAGAAGCGUACUUGCAUUGUAGUGGCUAGCACGACCAAUCACGAGCCAAUCUAUCUAUCUAUCUAUCUAUCUAUCUAUCUAUCUAUCUAUCUAUCUAUCUAUCGUUAUGCUACUCUCGAUAGUCAUGCCUUCCAUAAAAAAAGUGUUCAUAUAACCCACGACACCGUACAUGAAAUCAUCGAAUGGAUCAAGAAAGUAUCUCUCCCGAUACAUCAGUCAUCCACUUCUGUUUGCGAAGCAGUCUUGAAAGCCCUUGAAGAUAAAAUGUUGGAAUCUGUCUAUUUAUUGUGUGAGGGUGCAGCUGUCAACGCCUGUCAAGAGUUAUUGAGGAAUAAGGUUCUCCAAUUAGGCAAAAGUAUUCCGGUUCAUGUAAACACUUUUAACUGUAAUGACAAAGAAAUAUUGGUAUUUUUGAAAAAGUUUGCCCAGGAAGCCGGUGGAAGAUUUCAUGCGUAUGAGACUUACAAGGAACCUGCAGGAAGUUCAUCAUGUGGGAAUAAUGACACGGCCUUAUAUCCAACUGAAGCACUAUUCAGUAAACGGAAUGCCGAGAAGGAGACCAGUGUUGCAUCACGGGAAGAUGUAGUGCAGUUGUUUGCCGAACUGGAAGAAGCUAGAAACACCUUAAGGAAGAUUCAGCAACUGGUACCUGAACGAAAAAAUGAAAUUGACACCGAGUCAAGUGAAAUGUUCGAAGUUGAAGAAGAAAAUUAUCCGAAUGAAGAUUAUAUGUCUUCUAAAGAGUGGCUCAGUCGAUAUGGUAUCGAUGUACACGGACUUGAGAUUCGUUGUCUUUUGGAAGGCAUAGCCUUCAGACAUCAGGACGGACUUAUGGAUUUAUUGGUACCACCUCGAUACCCUGAUAUUCGAACUAGUGCUGCUUGUAAAGAAUCUUUUGUGAGCGCCAAAUAUUGCGAGGAUUUCCCUUCCAUUAAGUGGAAAUCUGGACAAACAGUUCACGUUAACAUGACUCCCCAAGUGCAACGAGACUACGAAGAGAGAAUGCUGACGGUCUUAAAUGCUGUUCAACAAAGAUUAAACUGGUUGAAAAAAGGAAGCCGGUCAGUGUUUGGUACCGUAUUAGAGGAUGAAGUUUAUCUUUUAAUCGAUAUGUCUUCAUCAAUGGAGCCCAAAAUACCGAGUGUAUUGGAACGAAUCGAGUGCCUUUUACAGGAACAAUUACAGCACAAGAAAAAAAUUAACAUUGUCACUUUCAGCAGGAGGGCCUCUACGUGGAAGGAAAAACUGACUGAAGUGACUCCUAAAAAUAUAUUAGAUGCAUUCGAAUGGUUGAAGCGGCAGCCAUGUGGUGGAUCAACCAACACAUACGCAGCCCUCAGAAUCGCUUUGGCUGAUCCUAGUACACAGGGUAUCUAUCUUGUUACGGAUGGCCGGCCCGACCAGCCGUGCAAAGCGAUUUUGGCUCAGGUUCAAAUGAAUCCUUCUGUCCCCAUCCACACAAUUGCAUUCAACUGCAAUGAUGAAGAGGCUAAUUGUUUUUUAUAUCAAUUGGCUAAUUCAACACGCGGACGUUAUCAUUAUUACACGGAUAACGAUUAUGAUGUUGAACCUCCUGAGUCAUGGAAGUGUGAAGACCUUAGAUUGCUGGAAGAAGAACUGAGACGUGGAUAUAGAAACUUAGCGACCGUGUCACGCUUACGAGAACAAUGUCUUAUGUCACUUUGGAAAGGAGAGAUCAAAAGGCUUAAAUCCCGUAGCUGCAAAUCCGAGAUGUCUGGUGAAUCCUGUUCUCCGUCACCGAAGGAUAUCGAUCGCAGUCAGAGCAGCUUCUCCAUAAAAGGGAAAAAUUCUCGUCAAGCUUUUUAUGUGCGUCAAAGGCAACGUUUUCUUCCUCAAUGGCCUUUUGUUCCAUCUUGUUGCAAAAGGAAACAACAUGGGCCAACAACGAAAAUGUCAAAUCGACAUCUCCAUGCCGGUUCAACGAAAACGAGCAUGUUACGCCAUAGAAUUGCACUAAAGCGGGAGAUGUCGUCUUCAAGUGAAACACAGAGUAGCAAUGAGGAACUACUCGAAGAACAAGAAAAUUGUGAAAUAACUGAAAAUGAAGAAACUAUGGACGAAAGAAAAGUUAUCUUGACUGAAAAUGACGGCUAUGUUGAGGAAUAUAAAGAUAAUCAAACAUUAUCAGCCGCCAAACGCUGGCUGAAACGAAACAAGUUGAAAGCGAAGCGGUUGACAAUAAUGGACGCUUUGUCGCAGACACAUAUUCCUCACAGAGCAACGUAUGUGCCUAGUAUCAAUAAAUACGUACUUUCUAAGGUGUUCGAUGAUGUCUUUCCACUUGCUCACGUGAUGCGAGACAAACAUAUGCAAAUGACGUUAGUGAAUCCAAAAAGUGUCAACCUUCCAGCAUACGAAAAGAAACUACAGAAGGCAAUUAAAUCGUACAUGAGAUUAUCUAUCUAUCUAUCUAUCUAUCUAUCUAUCUAUCUAUCUAUCUAUCUAUCUAAAUUUUGCAUUUUCAUUUCUCUUUCUUCAUUUCCUUCUAAUUUCCUGGAUAACAUAAUUUGGAAAGCGUUACCGGAGAGUACAAAGAAAAGAUUAGGAAGUGAAGCACCACUUCCAUUUUUCAAGAACAAGGCACGGUUAUUGGGGGCACUUCGCGAAAACAACUGGCCAGUCGCCGCCGAAGAUGUGGCUUUACUCGAGCGAGAGAUAGAACAAGGAUUUAAAUAUUUACAAAUGUCACACGAUCUUCAAAAAAGUGAACUCUCCCUUCAGAAAAAUGAUCCAGAGUUUGAAAUCAAGUAA